GGAGAUUGCUCACCCGAUGACGCUGAAUUCGACUGCGACGUGGUGGUGGUCAUGGCUCAUCACUUUGCCUUUGGAUCUCUUCCAACCACAUCCAUUCUACCAUGGCCAUUGUCCUCGCCAAGAUGUUCCAGAAGAAGCCCAAGAUAGGUUUGAAGGACGUCGAGACCAAUAAGCCGCGCGGCGGUCUGCGCUGGACGACCAAAAAGUGCCACCCGUACAAGCCGAUCGACGACACGCCGAGCUGCUGCAAGGCGCGCCUCGCGUCGGAGCAGGUGCUGCCGCAGUACGAGCUCGGCGCGCCGGAUGUGACGAUUUCGCACCGCUUUAUUGACCGGCCGCGCGUCCGCAUGCACAAACUCGCAACGAUCGUCGGCGGCCACAAGGUGCCGUUCUCAGAGCUUGAGCUCGACUACUGGAAGGCCGAUUUUGAGCACAAGAACACGCUCACCGCGAUCGCUGAAGAAGACAAGUCGACGUGCGAGUGCUGCAUGGCGGUCGCCUUCUCGUCCAACGCGCGCAACGUGUGCAUUGCGCUCACCAAAGUCUCGCGCCGCCGCCGCGCCUAGACACCUCAUUUCUUAUUUCCACUUACUUGCCCAAUACAAGUGCUAUUUAUUGUCGA